AUGCUUCCAUUUAAAGCUGUUAUUACGCUCCUGUGGUUUGGUGCAGUCAGCGCGUUCCCUGCUAGCCAAGGCCUUGAUAAAAGAGCAACGGGUAUGGACAAUCUGAAGCCGACUACCAUCUCAGUCUGCAAAAUUGGUGACCGAAACCUUCUAGCCUUGAAAAGCCACAAGGCCGAUGGAUCAGCUUUCUGCUCAACAUAUCUUCAAACCACCAAGACUUCAACCAUCACACCUGUUGCUAGCGCCACAACGACAAAAUGGAUGACAAGGUCUGUAAGGCUAGUUGUUAUUCAAAAGGUCCACUUCAUAGUCAAACACAUCUCCAGAAUUAAAGUAAUGAGGACGGCGUCUACAACAAUCACAAAGACAAAAACCAUCAGUGUCACCGAUGUUGGGACCAAGAAGGUGACAGGCACGAGAACAGACAAGAUAAUGAAUACAGACACGGCUCAAGUGACCAAGACGGGUACAGCCCAAAUCACGAAAAGGGUCACUCGGCAUUUUACUAUCACGGCCACAGCUACCGUCUACACGACAUCUACCCGGGACGUCACAAGGACUAGUACCAUGCAGCUUACUGAAGAAGCUCCAACUACAAUCACUGUCACUCGCACAGAGGAAGCUGCGACAACGAUAGUGCCAGUCCCGUAUAUCUGUGGCGCUAGAGGCCUUUGGACUCGACAAUAUAUUAUUUCUAGUGGUGACAGCUCAUCUGACUUCGGCUCAUUCAGCUUAUGCAAGGCAUUCUGUUCAACCAAGCCCGGAGCUAUGAGCUUUGCUUAUGGCCUUGGCGGUUGUAUAUGCUUUAGUGCCCUGACGUACGUCCAUUUGAGCAGGAUCCCCGAUUACGACAUCUUUCUUUCCGAUCUAGCUUGCCCUGCAGAAACAAAGCCUCUCAAACGAGCCGCGCAGGUCAACAAAAGAAUUCCUGCAUACCUACCACUCAAGGGUGCUAGCGAUGUAAGCAGGGCUUGUUCAUGCCAUAUCACCAACAGACCAGCUGCGCCAGCUACUUCAACAGUAAAAGCCCUCAACGCCAAGCUGGUCACAGUGACGAGUCAUAUAAAGGUUUAUAAUAAGAGAAGGAAAUAUAUAACUACGACCUUUCGCAGAACCGUUGAUUUAACCUACUUCAAGACUACAACCAAGACAGGCUACAACACAGUAACCAUUACAAACCGCCAAAGUGCUACAGUCACUCAACCUGUUACUGUCACCGUCACCCAUGUCAAGACGGUGACUGUCACUCACGUCAACAGCGUCCAGGUUACAAAUCACAACACUAUCUAUACUACCAACAUCAAUACUGCCUUGGAAACUGAUCUACAAACGGAGAUUGUUACUGAAGUAGAUAUUUAUACCGUCACUGAGCACGAAACAAUUCCUGUGACCGUCACCAAGGCUGAAGUGAUAGAGCCGCCGCUGGUGACUGUUUAUGUGGCAACCACAACCAUUUAUGGGUAG